UCCAAAAGAUAUAUAUAGAAACAGAAGAAAUAUCUUAUAAUGAACAAGAUGUAUUUUAACUUCAAAUUACCAUUUGCAUUUGCACUUCUAUUUCUAGUGCACCUAGGAGAAUCUCAACCUGCAGUUUUUGACGUGACUAAAUUUGGUGCAAAGCCUGAUAGCAAUGAAGAUAUUAGCAAGGCUCUAUUAAGUGCAUUUAAGGAGGCAUGCAACUCGAAAAUUCCAAGUAAAGUUGUGAUCCCAAAAGGCAUAUAUUUGAUGAAUCAAGUGAGACUAGAAGGUAAUUGCAAAGCUCCUAUAGAACUUGAAAUUCAAGCCACUUUGAAAGCUCCUCCAAAUCCAAGCCAACUCAAAAAAGAUAUGGAAUGGUUAACUAUUAAUCAUAUUGAUCAUUUCACACUAUCUGGUGGUGGAAUUUUUGAUGGCCAAGGAGAACAAGGUUGGGCACAAAAUGACUGUAAAAAUUCAGAAAGCUGCGGUAAACUUCCAAAUAAUUUGAGCUUCAACUUCCUAACAAAUUCCAUAAUCAGAGACAUAACUUCAUUGGACAGCAAAUUAUUCCACAUUAAUGUGUUAGGGUGCAAGAACUUAACUUUCAUUGGAGUUAACAUAAAGGCUCCAGCACAAAGCCUAAACACAGAUGGUAUUCAUGUUGCAAGAUCAAGAGGACUCAACAUUACAAAUUCACAAAUUGGUACAGGAGAUGAUUGCAUUUCAAUUGGUGAUGGAAUUCAACAAAUGUACAUAACAAAUGUAACAUGUGGACCUGGCCAUGGAAUUAGUGUUGGUAGCCUUGGAAAAACUCCAGGAGAAUUGCCUGUGGUUGGAGUUUUUGUGCAAAAUUGUACAUUUAUUGACACUGACAAUGGUGUGAGGGUGAAAACAUGGCCAGCUUCACAUAAUGGUGUUGUUAGAGAUUUGCACUAUGAGGAUAUUAUUGUGCAAAAUGUUAGCAAUCCUGUUGUUAUUGAUCAACUCUAUUGCCCUUAUAAUCAGUGCAAGAAAGAUUUGCCAUCACAAGUGAAGAUUAGCAAAGUGAGUUUCAAGAACAUAAGAGGAACAUCAAGAACUCAAGAUGCUAUACAAAUUAAUUGUAGUAAAGGUGUGCCAUGUGAAGGUGUAGAAGUUGGAGAUAUUGACAUAACCUAUAAUGGAAAUGAAGGGCCAGCCAAGUCUACUUGCCAGAAUGUUGACCCAAGUUUUAUAGGCAAACAGAUUCCACCAGUUUGCGCUGGUCCAGCAGAGUCUUCUUGAAGUUGUUUAUGCGUAAAAAGGACAGUCCGGUGCACAAAGUAUUUUACGUCCACACGAGAUACGGGGAAAAGCCGUACCCCUAAAGGAGUGUUAAUAUAGGCAACCUACCUGGCUUAAGCAUCAGUGACUGAUUUUACUUUUUUUUUUCCAUCCGGUGUACGAUAUUUGUAUUGGAGACCGGCUUAACUGGAUUCGUCUAGCGUAAGACCUAUUAAAGAGGAAAACCCUCGCGACUAGUAGUUUUUUUUGCAGAGCUCGAACCCGAAACCUUUGAUUAAGGGUAAAGAAUAAUUUAGUCUUCUUGAGCUUUAAUAUAAAGCUCCCAAAACUUUGUCCCCAUAUCAUUUGGGAUUUUCCUUUUUGUGUUUUUUUCCUUAGCUAGCAUUGGACUUGUCUAUUAGGUAAGAUGUAGACAGAGGAAAUUGUACAGUGUUGUGAAAUUACCAAGCUGUACACUUGAAUUAGAAAAUAAAUCACCUUUAUAGUGUGAAAAUUUAUCAGAUAUGCAUUGAUUGGAUUA